CACACGGUGUGCCAGUCUGUCCAGGCAAUCGCUUCUACAUCUCCGAUCCUCCGCCGCCGCGCUGCGAGCGCAGAGAGAGACGCGUCUGCCAAGUCCAGUCCUGGCCACUCCACUUGGUGACGUGCAGCGCGGAGCAGAGCCAGGCCACAGAGAGAGAAGCCCGCAGCCGCCACCAACACAACCGCUGUUCCUCCUGCUGUAAAAUGCAACAACAGUCUGUGCGGGAUAAAGACAGCAUUCACACUUAAGCGGCGUCGCAGCGAAACAAGGACAAACGCCGGGGGACAGGAGCAGCGAGCGGCCGGGUGUAGACGGCAACACUCAAAAGAUCUAAUUUGUCUGUGAUGAGCAUCCCCAUUCACCAGAGACCAAAGGUACGGCCUGCCCCCGUUGUUCCCUCUGAGACAAAGAGGAAGUGAUGUCACGCCACCACCACCGCUUUGAGAGGGACUAUCGGGGACCCUGGGAGCGGAGAGAUAUCCGUCCGUCUGGCCUCCACAAUGGAGGAGCCAAUCAUAGCUGUGCCUCUGCCGUUGUCAAUGGCAACAACCGUCCGGGACUCCUUCCCCUCCCAGUCAUUCCCUCCCUCCUUCCCACCCCAGUUACAGUUGCCGUGACAACAUCCAGCAGCGACAUAGCGGUCAAGCGAGGCAUCACGGCAGCAGGAUCAGUUGCUUCGGCAUCGGCCAAGGUCUCUGGUCUGUCACCUGGAGAUAGCCAGACCCCAGGACUGCUGCUGGCUCCGGGGGUGAGGUGGGGACAAACGCCCAUCAACCAGCUCACACCGUGGGAUACAGACGAACCCCCUGCCAAGCAACACCGCGACAGCGAGCCCACCGGUCCUGGGACCUGGGCUGCACCAGUAGCAGCUGUGAGCCAGCCGAGCCUCCUGCCCCACACCUACGCCCUCCCUCAGCCACCUUCCUUCAACCACAGUGUGACAGCGCAGUCACCCAUCAUAGGUGUAACCCCGUCCAUUCAGACUCCAAUGCUCCCACAUCACCCACUUAUGACCGCCCACUUCCAGCUGACCACACAAACGACACAGCAGCCACCCUCCAUGGUGUUGAGCAUGCACAGCCAAACUCCGUAUCCCUCAGCUCAGCCCACUGUUGCACCAACCGCCCUCACUGCCCAGGCCAACCAGGUGCUUCACCCAAACCCCCACAGUGUAAUGGGCAAUGGCCACCUGACCUCUCACCCCGGCCUUAUCCAGCACCCCUCGCUGCCUCUGACCAAUGGACAGGCAGCCGCAGUAGUGCAGGCUCAACCCACAGCUGCAGACAAUCAGGAUGGUCCUAAUGGGCUGCAAAUGCUGCGGACAGUCGGGAUGGGGAAGUACAAGUUCACUGACCCGGGACAUCCAAAAGAGAUGUUGAAGGAGUUGAACCAACAGCGCAGAGAGAAAGAGUUUACAGACCUGAAAAUUAUUGUUGAAGGCAAAGAGUUUGAAGUCCACCAAAAUGUUCUAGCUUCCUGCAGCUUGUAUUUCAAGGACCUGGUGAAAAGGUCGUCGGGGGAGACGCGGAGCGGGGAGACGCUGGAGCUGAAAAUGAGCAACAUCAGUGCUGAAGUGCUGGAGCUGCUGCUCGAGUUCGUCUACACGGGAUCGCUGGUCAUUGACUCGGCCAAUGCCAAGACGCUGUUGGAGGCUGCCAACAAGUUCCAGUUCAACACCUUCUGUAAAGUCUGUGUGUCCUUCUUAGAGAAACAGCUGACUGCAGGGAAUUGUCUGGGAGUGCUGGCUAUGGCUGAAGCGAUGAGCUGCACGGAGCUCCACAACAUGGCCAAAGCUUUUGCCCUGCAGAACUUCCCUGAGGUGGCAGGACAGGAGGAGAUUCUGAGCGUUUCCAAGGAGGACCUGGUGUCUUAUCUGUCCAACGACAGUCUAAACACAAAGGCUGAGGAGCUGGUCUAUGAGACGGUCAUCAAAUGGAUCAAACAGGACCCAAACUCCAGAGUGCAGCAUGUGUCAGAGCUGUUGGCGGUGGUGCGUCUUCCCUUCAUCCACCCGUCCUACCUGCUGAACGUGGUGGACAACGAGGAGCUGAUCAAGUCGUCGGAGGCGUGUCGCGAUCUCGUCAACGAAGCCAAGCGCUACCAUAUGCUGCCUCACGCUCGGCAAGAGAUGCAGACGCCCAGGACCAGGCCGAGACUUUCUGCUGGUGUAGCAGAGGUGAUCGUUUUGGUGGGAGGACGUCAGGCGAUUGGGAUGAACCAGCGCUCCCUGACAGUGGUCACCUGUUUUAACCCCCAGAAUAGUAAAUGGUACCCGCUGGCCAGCCUGCCUUUCUACGACCGCGAGUUCUUCAGUGUCAUCUCCGCGGGAGACAACAUCUAUCUGUCUGGUGGUACAGAGUCAGGUGUGAUGGUGGCCGAUGUCUGGUGCUACAUGUCCCUGUUGGACAACUGGAACCUGGUGUCCCGCAUGACUGUGCCUCGCUGCAAACACAACAGCCUGGUGUACGACGGCAAACUUUACGCCAUCGGAGGACUGGGUGUGUCAGGGAACCUGGACCAUGUAGAGAGAUAUGACACCAUCACCAACCAGUGGGAAACAGUGUCUCCUCUGCCAAAGCCGGUCCAUUCUGCAGCUGCCACAGUGUGUGGAGGGAAGGUGUACGUGUUUGGAGGUGUGAACGAGGCCGGCCGCUCCGCUGGUGUCCUCCAGUCCUACGUGCCACAAAGCAACACCUGGAGUUUCAUUGAAUCCCCCAUGAUAGAUAACAAAUACGCUCCUGCGGUGAGUCUAAACGGCUUUAUAUUCAUCCUGGGAGGAGCCUAUGCUCGAGCUACCACUAUCUAUGACCCAGACAAAGGCAACAUCAAGGCCGGGCCCAACAUGAAUCACUCUCGGCAGUUCUGCAGUGCUGUGGUUGUGGACGGGAAGAUCUACUGCACGGGAGGCAUCGUGAGCAGUGAGGGUCCGGUCCUUGGCAACAUGGAAACGUUCGACCCUUGCACCAACACUUGGACGCUGCUGCAGUCGCUGCCGUGCCCGCUCUUCAGACACGGGUGCGUGGUCAUCAAAAAGUACAUCCAGAGCGGAUGAGGUCGGCCCGCAGCCUGCUCACACUCGUUCGAUGCCAAACACCAGCUGGGCUCCGGUUGUGGGACAACGUGUGGCGGCAGCGUGGGGGCACAGUUGUCGUCUGCCGGUCAGCAACCUCUGGACGCCAGCAUCCAUUCACCACAUUACCCGUCCCACUCUCCAAAAAAGUCCUGUGCAGAAUGUACCCAUGUUCAACUACUCGGCCAUGUCAGGUGGCGAUGCCGAACCUCCAGUACUGUAUGUGUCAUGGUAGUAGUUCAUCCUCUCAUCCAACAGGCACGGGGACUCUUAGUAAUUUAAAAGCUCCUUGGUUGUCUUCUGUCAGUUCUUUCUUUUCCCAAUCUCUGUAAACUCACCACCUCGUUGUUUUCUUUAACAAAGCGACUCGGUGCAGAGAAAGCCAUCGCAAGUGAAGAUCCUUGUCCUCUUUUCAAGUUGUGUCUAGGUUUAUAGUCCUUCAUUACCGAGCGCAGUGUCUUUGUGUUGUAUGAACAUUGUUUCAGUAGCGACAUCUGCAGGAGAGGAGGAAAAGUAAAGGAAACCAAAGUGACACGCUCCCGUGUCCUUCAGUGGAUUUGACAGGUUUCUUCUCUCUCCCCCCACUGUGUCAGAGAGCAUACAUCUGACAGCGAGUGUGAAUUUAGGGUAACUUUAAUAAUGGAAAUAAACUCCAUGAAACCUGGUUCUUUUAAUGACUUGCUCAACUUUGUAAAAAAAAAACAAAAAAGAAAAAACUCAAAUCUGGGUCAGGUGAUGUUUAAAGAGAGAAAAUCUUCACGUUUCUCCUCUUUCAUUUGCACCUCCAGCCUAAUCGAGAGAUUAUCUGAGUGGCCUGUUUUCUUUUCUUCCCUUGAUUUAUGUGAUCAUGCUCUCUGGGGAAAGGAAAACAGAUUGAGAGAGAGAGGGAAUUUCUCCUUUCCACUGACGUCUGAUCAGAGGUUCAAGUUGGGGCAGUUCCUCCGGAUAAAAGCACAAUAAUCACCUGUGACUGUUGUAAGUUACUUCCUGUUCCAUGCUUUUCCCCCCCCCCCACCACAAACACACACACUUUUUGUUUUGUACCACGUGUCUCGUUACAACCCACAAAAGUUGUCGGGUUUGUAUUCUGUAAAUAUAGGAAGGAAAUAUGUAUAUUUUAAAAACCUGAAGGCAAUUCUGUAUAAAUGUUUUUAGGGGGAAAAAAAAAGGUACCCGACAGGUUUGACUCAAAUGGUAUGUCUGUAAAUCUGUACCCACAAAAAAAGAAAUUAACAAUUGUUAUUAUUGAACCUAAUACAUAAACCAGAUCAAUGAGCA